AUGGAUUCACUUAUUGAUGGAGUCGGUUCUUUGUCAACUAGCCAUACCUCCGCCACCUUAUUAGGGUUCAACCCACCCGGAAAAACCCGCCCACCACAUCACCCAAAAUCCGAUACCACUUCAAAUCGAUCUCAUAAAACCUCCAAUGACCACAAAGGAAAAUCCGAAAUUGUGGGACCCAACACAAUCCUUGAUCAAACCGCAAAAGAAUACUUCCAUAAACAAAUUUCAGCACUCGAAGCCAAGGCCGGAAUCAAGCAUUCCGAUUCCGACCCCGACCCCGAGACCAUGGACUCAAUUACAUUCUGCUCGAGCCCACAAAGUAGUUUAUACUCCCUUACAAACUUCACCGAUACCAAACAAAGCUUUACAAACACAGAAGUCAGCGAAUCGGUUAAAAGCGGUGAAAUCGGGAUUCCAAGUGUUUAUCGGGGCAGCACGGGCAGCGAUGUAAGUGAGGAGAGCAGUUCGGGCAGUUUCACGAGUGCGGUUUAUAAACCACACAAGCAAAAUGACUCGAGAUGGGAAGCGAUUCAAGUCGUGAGGUCGAUGAAUAAUGACACGGGUAUUUUGGAAAUGAAACAUUUUAGGCAUUUGAAGAGAUUGGGGUGUGGAGAUAUUGGGAGUGUUUAUCUUUCGGAAUUGAUUGGGACACGAAGUUAUUUUGCCAUGAAAGUUAUGGAUAAAGCGGCUCUUGCAAGCCGGAAUAAGCUAUUGAGGGCGCAAACGGAAAGAGAGAUUUUGCAGUCGUUGGAUCACCCGUUUCUUCCUACUUUGUAUAGUCACUUUGAUACCGAGAAAUUGUCGUGCUUGGUGAUGGAGUAUUGCCCGGGUGGAGAUUUGCACGCGCUUAGACAAAAACAACCCGGGAAACAUUUCUCCGAACAUGCGGCGCGGUUGGUUUUUUUCUUAAUUUUUUAUUUGAAUUUGUGA